AAACAUUGUGCUGGGGUCACACCUGAAGCCCCUGGAGAAAAAGGACAAGAUGGGUGAGAGGAGGAAGGUGCUGUGGAACCCCUGCGCAGCCCGCGCCAAGGCCCCGCAGACCGCCAGUGUGGAGCUACCCCAGGAACUCGACCAACUGCCCAGAACCUCUGCCGAAUUUUACAGGGAUUGGCGCAGAUGCUUAAAAAGCGGAAAAGAAAAAUACCAGCUUUUGCUCGAGCUCGGAGGGGCGGCCUUGGGCAGAAUCUUUCAGGCUGACUUGGGCUGUGGCCUCCUGGGCGAAUUCCUUACGGCGCUGGCGGAGAACGUCUGCCAUGGAGACAGAGAUGCCGUUCUUCAGAUCUUACAGAGCCUGUCGGGCACCAAGCGCUUCGGGUUAAACGUGGAUCUUCUGAGCGACUCGGAGAAGGAGAGCAGCAGGGAUUUGUUUAGGAAGCUGCAAAGCAUGAGCCGGGAUUCUCGGGCCGCUGGCCAUCCCAGCGGCCGCAGGAAGGAAGUCCACCUCAUGGGCACCAGCUUGCAAAAAGAAGCCGAGGAAAGGAUAAUGAUGGAGCUGAUGAAAUGUUACCAGGUCAACUGA